CACUCACCAGUCACCUAGCACGUGUACAACUGGUUGUGUGGGGGUGUGUGCAAACAGAAAGCCGCACCUUCCUCAGGUUCGCCAACGCCUAUUAACAUGUACCGUGUGUAGUGCAAUUUUUUUUAGAAGGGUCAAAGGUCGCUUAUUACGCCUGCGCUGGUUCAGGAAUUGUUUCAUCAUUAAACCUAGCUUAAACAUACUUAAAUAGACACAGCUUUUGACAGUGAUUGCUGCUACACACAAUAUUGUUUGCUUAGAAGUUUGGGACACACACACACAGCAGCGGUACGUUGUUUUCAGAUUUUCGGAAUUCAGACGUCGAGAGAUUUGGAAUUUGUUAUUUCUGAAAUCAUAAACUGCUUCCUAGGGUAAAUCCUAAAUUUGUUACGGCCAAAUGUAAAAAAUUAUUGUGUGUUAUUUGGGCAGAACCUUGCAGUAAUUGACGAAGUGUUUUCUGAUGUUAAUUUGCCUGAUAUAUUAAAAUGGAUAGCGUGACACAUAAUUUGGACAACGAAACAGUUUCCCUAGAAGAGAGGGAACCUAAAAAGUCGAUUAAAAAAGCUAAACGGAAACGAUCAACUUCUGGAAUUAGGCAAGGUAAAGAGAAGCAGAAAGCAGACGAUGGAACAGCAGCGUCUACUAAGCAAAAAGCUCCUGAGGAUGAAUGUCAGACAAUAAACAUCACAGAGACAACGAAUUUGAGUUCCAGUUCUACCGGCGAACAGUUUUACAAUAAUAACAUUCUAUACGACGUCUUGAGUGAGAAAAAAAAGGAAUUUUUGCAGUCACCUGAAGUGAUACAGUUUUUAAGAAGCCAUGUGAAAAGCUCAUGACAGUUUGCUUCUAUGUUAUCACAUUAAAUCUUGAGACUGUGCUAUGAAACAAAUUGUGAAGGGCUCCUGUACAAUAUCUUAUCCUCUUGAAUGAUAUUGCAAACAUUGUAAUGGAUCUUGUGGAAGAUUUGUCUGGAGUUUAUUGUCUCCAAAUAAUUUUCUUUUGCAAAGUACUGUAGCAAUGCAAAUGCGCAUGCAUUCGAUUUUCGUGAAACCAUAAAUAAGAAUAUAGGACUAACAAGCAUUUUUAAGAACUGAUGAAUAUGUCUCUAUUCUCAAAGAUUCUGUUGCUGAAAGAAGAUAGUAGAAAUACAGUAAUAUUUUUUAUCAAAGUCUCUUUCUAUGUUAGUGUCCAUGUGAAAUUUAUUUAAAUUAAGGUGGAAUAGAAACCUUUCAAAUAUGCUGGAUGAAUUUUAGAGAUGUAGAAGGAAGGAAUAUGGAAGUAAUAAUGACUCACAAUAAGUGUUCUGGAUUAAGAAUGUGAUUGUGAUAUUUCAAAAUAAAUUACCACCAAUAUUCCCUUUACGACUA